GUUAUCAUUCGCGUUCGAUAGAACCCCAUUAUUUAACGCUUGUCAAUCAAGCAGUUGGCAAAGAAAUUUGUGGGUAUCUACUGAAUUUCAGCGAGUAGUUAAAAGUACAGGAGAAUCUUUAAGUUCAUUUCUAAGACCACCCCGAUGGAUUGUUGUUUAUCGUAAUGAAGACAUUAUAUUCGUUAGCGCUUUUGAAGCUAACUGGUUAAUGGGUCAAUUGCAGUCCAAUAAAUCCUCAGUCACAACAUUACGCUUGUUGUUACCUCGUACUAAGCGAGUUCAAUCAAUUUUUGUCAACACUCCAACUCUCAUGAUUCCACCAUCAAUUGAACUCCCAAAUACAAAUAUGAUUUACUUCAUACCAAUCGAAUUGUUAGUUCAGUUAUUUGUUUUUAAUGGAACCCUCUAUUUUGAAACACUCGACGAACAAAUAGCUUAUUGUCAAUGUCUAGGUCUAUGUCCCAAACCUUGGACAACGAAAGAAGAAGAAGCUUUUGAGAACGGUUGGAUUUCUAUUGAUGGAUUUGUACAAAAACCAAAACAUCGUCUGCAGUUACAACUUAAUCAAGCUCGAUUCCCUUCCAAUCCACUAACAUUCAUUAAGCAACUAAUUGAAACUCGAAAUAAUUCACAUCCACCGAUCACAUCACAUGUUGGAAGUAUUAUUUUCAAUUCUCAUAAACUUCUUUAA